CGCAAAAAUUAAACAUGAUUAAUUGUUAGAAUAAACAAUCAAUUGUCAGAUUGAGAGAAUAAAUUUAAAAAUAGCAACAAAAAAAGGGAACACUCCUCGUUUUCGGGACAACCAGAAUACCAUUGCUUACCAACAUAUCUUGAAGAACCCGUAAUGGAUGGUCUGUCGCGGAAGGCGUUCCAGCAAGUCAUUGGAAGCAAUUCAGACCAUAUCAUUUCGCAGGAUAACAAAAAGAAGUAUGGCGAAGAGCCCAGGAACUCUUUUUGGGUAUCCGUAAGCGACUACGAUUUGGACAGGGCUUACAUUGUCUACUGCUUCUUUCUCGAUAUCGGUGGCAUUGCUGCCAAAAGCUUGACGAAAUCCAAUCGCAUGUACCUGAAGUACUUCAGCGUGGAGGAUGCCCGAAGCGCGCUGAGCUACGAUGGCCAAACAAUUGGAUAUGGCGGGGACAUUCGCGUAAAAGUCAGAGCUGAGAACCCCGUUACCGAGAAUGCCGUCAGUGAGUUUCUGGAGCAAUGCUCAGAGGGCAAUGGCAAUCCCCCUGACAAUGAAACCACAGGAAUGGCUAUUGUCGAUGCCGCGGAUGAAAAACACGAGAUCAUUUCUGAUCAACUGCUGGCGGGAAACCGUGGGGAAAAUAAGUCCAAAGGCACUAGCAAAAAAGUCAGCUUAUCCCAAUGGUUUAAAGAAAAACUAUCUUAUGUGUUCUACUUUUAUUAAAUUCCAACAUUGC